AUGAAGCGCCACGACCUGCGCGAGCUGAGCUCCGGCCAGGAGGGCCUGGACUUCUACCUCGACCUAGGCGUCAUCGACGUAGAGAUAUGCGAGCCGCUGGCCCAUGCCGCGCUCACCAUCUGGAAUUGCAAUGCUACCGGCACCUACUCCGGCUAUACGGGCAUCGACCCGGACACGGCCUCACUGAGCGACGGUUGGUCAACGUGGGACGACGGCACUACAGAGGACAAGACUUUCCUGCGUGGCAUCCAGAUCACCGAUGCUGAGGGUAUGGCAGAGUUCCUGACCCUGUUCCCCGGAUACUACACCUUCCGGACCACCCACAUCCACGUCACAAUACAGGCCAACAUCACAAACGAUACCAGCUACUCACUCUCUCCCUACUUGGCCCAUCUCUCCACGCUGAACCGCACCACCAACGCCGAAGACACUCUCUUUGGCACCGCCACAUCCGAGGGCUACAGCGCCAUCGUCAGCAUCGAUCAGAUUGGCGACGAGCUUGUUGAUGGCCUAGUUGGAUAUAUCACCCUCGGUGUUAACGCUUCUGCCGCUGGCUUGACCACUACUGGUGGUAGUGUUAAUGUACUGGGAGUCAUUCCCACGGUGUCUGUAUAUGACAGCAAGUAUGCAGAGGCUACUGCUGUGGAUAUUGCGGAUGGUUACGCCUCUUAG